AUGUAUGGGUGCUUGUUGUGCGUGUGUGUGUACGGGCGCAGGGGUGUGCGCUACUUUGAUAGCGUACAUUUCUGUUGCUGCAUGCGAAUUUUUGACUACGUGUUUGUGUGUUUGUGUCUCUUCCGUUUUGUGGGUGUACGUAUUUUUUGUGCAUGUUUGUAUCUUUGCUUGUGUGUGUAUAUCAGCGUCUACCUGUGUUUCUGCGGACAUUGGGUGCAUCCUUAG